AUUGGUAUAUGCACACUGAGGUUUAUGGAAUGGUUGGCCAACAGGGACCUGCCAUACAGGUCCUAUGAUAUAUUAUGAUAUGUUAUACUCUGUAAUAAUCUAUGUGGGAAAGAAUACGUAUACAUGUAUGACUAGGUCACUUUGUUGUAUGGCAGAGAUUGUCACAGCUUGUGCAUUAACUAUACUUCAGUGAAACUUAAAAAAAAAAAAGAAAAUUUAGAAAAUGUAAAUGAGCACAAAGCCAAAAAAAUGUACAUUAUCUCUAAUUUCACUACUGAAGAUAGCCAUUCUUAUCCUAUUUUUGUGAUCUGCCUUUUCCACUUAAUUUUGCAUCUUACUAAAAUAUUCUUCUACAUUGUUUCAUCAUUGUAAUAACUGUGUAAUAACUAUUGCUUACGAUACUAGUAAAACUCCAAGCCUUUUUAUUUUAAGCGCCUCCUGCAUUUGUCAGGCGCUGGCAUCACUGAAUCUUUGUAACUUGAGAUUCCUGCUUUUAUUAUCCCAAUUAUCCAAAUUAGGAGAGGGAGGCACAGAGAGGCUAAGUCACUCACCAAAAGUAACACAGCAAUAAAUGGCAGAAGCGGAACCCCUGUUUCCACACUCUACAGCCCAGCACACCGUGGACAUGCCAUAGUCUGUUUAUCAUUUCCCCAGCAGGGUAGGAGAGCUGGGCCUUACACUUCGAGGGAAAGCCUGGCCUUCUGAGCGUGGCUCUGGUAGGAGAAGCAGGAUGGUGCAGGGGCUAGAAAUAGUUUCACGGGGGUGGCCCAAGGGACUAGAGAUAUUUAGCCUGGAGAAGACUUGGAGUAUUGGAGGGACAGUGAGGACACUCUCAAGGCCAUCAUCAAACUUGAGAUGGGCUGUCAAGUGGGUGAGAGAAAGUUUCGUCUUGAGGUCCUUAGGGCAGAUGAAGGCCAGGGAGCUGAAGUUGAAGUUUACGGAGAGCCGGUGUCCUCUGUGGGGCCAACACACUGGCCUUGGUUGGGCAGAGUGGGUGUUAAAUACAUGUUACGUGACCUGCUGCCAUCCCUGGCUUGGCUUCACAUGGGGGGAGGGCCGGUACCACCCACGCCAUACUGUGCUCCCCCACAAAGCAUUACGUCUCUGAAUCUUAACUGGGGGGUCUGCUCCCCAUUCCACCCCUGCCUCCGGGAGCCUGGCCCAGCCUGGUACCUCUCUCCGUCUAUCCUCUCAGAGGCUGAGCAGCACAGCCUGGCUUGUGUCAUGGGCCACACAACUCCUCCAUUAUGCAUGAGGGGACCCAGCGGUGAGCGAGUGAGCAAGUGGGGUGGAGGGGUAUGAGUGGUUAUUAAUAAACAAGUGUAUUGUGUAGCGUUCCAUUCACAGCCCUCUCAGAGGACGUGGUGGGCUUGAGAUAAUAAAGCCCUGUUUAUGCCACAGAGCGCUGGGGAGGUGGCAAGUGGGAGGUGGCAAGGAGCAGGGGAACCAGGAGUUAUUUUGAUUCCACCAAGGGCAGGACUGCUCUGUGUUUGCUCUGAGGCCAGCUUCGAGGCAGAAGGUCCAGCUGGGAUUUUGCUCAGGCCCACGUCCGCCCCAUAGGAUGGCCUGGGGUCUAAGAAUGCCUAGCUUUCCAUCUCCACCUGUCCCCGUGGAAGGAGACUGAGAAGAUGCUAGAUGAAUGGGCCAUAGCUCCUUCACCCCUGCCCUACCUCUCGGCCUCCUGUUCCCACCCCACUCCUCUUUCCAGGUUGAUUGACUUAUGUGCAAUCUGGGACGCUGGAGUUUUCCUUCCCGCCGCCGUCGCUGCAGCCUGGAAGGGAGCCCCCUCUGGUGUUCCGAGAAGGAGGCUGAAUGAGGCAGAGACGCUGAGCUCUGUCCAGAAGGCCCAGUUACAGCGGCUGGAGGCAGCAAGACCCCGUGGGCCGGGGAGUGGGGACCGAGGCCCAGUGCCGAGGAUGGCCAGGCAGCAGCCACCGCCCUGGGUCCAUGCAGCCAUCCUCUUCUCCCUGCUCAGCCUCAGCACGGCCAUCGAGAUCCCUAUGGAUCCAAGCAUUCAGAAUGAGCUGUCCCAGCCCCCGACCAUCACCAAGCAGUCGGUGAAGGACCACAUCGUGGAUCCCCGUGAUAACAUCUUGAUUGAGUGUGAAGCAAAGGGGAACCCUGCCCCCAGCUUCCACUGGACUCGCAACAGCAGGUUCUUCAACAUCGCCAAGGACCCCCGGGUGUCGAUGAGGAGGAGGUCUGGGACCCUGGUGAUCGACUUCCGCAGCGGCGGGCGGCCAGAGGAAUAUGAGGGGGAGUACCAGUGCUUCGCCCGCAACAAAUUCGGCACAGCCCUGUCCAAUAGGAUCCGCCUGCAGGUGUCCAAAUCUCCCCUGUGGCCCAAGGAAAACCUAGACCCUGUUGUGGUUCAAGAAGGUGCUCCUUUGACGCUCCAGUGCAACCCUCCACCCGGACUUCCAUCCCCAGUCAUCUUCUGGAUGAGCAGCUCCAUGGAGCCCAUCACCCAAGACAAGCGUGUCUCCCAGGGCCAUAAUGGAGACCUGUAUUUCUCCAAUGUGAUGCUGCAGGAUAUGCAGACGGACUACAGCUGCAAUGCCCGCUUCCACUUCACCCAUACCAUCCAGCAGAAGAACCCCUUCAACCUCAAAGUUCUCACCAACCACCCCUAUAAUGACUCGUCCUUAAGAAACCACCCUGACAUGUACAGUGCCCGCGGAGUUGCGGAAAGAACACCCAGCUUCAUGUAUCCCCAGGGCACAGCGAGCAGUCAGAUGGUGCUGCGCGGCAUGGACCUCCUGCUGGAGUGCAUCGCUUCUGGGGUCCCAACACCAGACAUCGCAUGGUACAAGAAAGGUGGGGACCUCCCAUCUGACAAGGCCAAGCUUGAGAACUUUAACAAGGCCCUGCGUAUCACCAAUGUGUCUGAGGAAGACUCUGGGGAGUAUUUCUGCCUGGCCUCCAACAAGAUGGGCAGCAUCCGGCACACGAUCUCGGUGAGAGUAAAGGCUGCUCCCUACUGGCUGGACGAACCCAAGAACCUUAUCCUGGCUCCUGGCGAAGACGGGAGAUUGGUGUGUCGAGCCAAUGGGAACCCCAAACCCACUGUCCAGUGGAUGGUGAAUGGGGAACCUUUGCAAUCGGCACCACCCAAUCCAAACCGAGAGGUGGCUGGGGACACCAUCAUCUUCCGGGACACCCAGAUCAGCAGCAGGGCCGUGUACCAGUGCAACACCUCCAAUGAGCACGGCUACCUGCUGGCCAAUGCCUUCGUCAGCGUGCUGGAUGUGCCGCCUCGGAUGCUGUCACCCCGGAACCAGCUCAUCAGGGUGAUCCUAUACAACCGGACACGCCUGGACUGCCCCUUCUUUGGGUCUCCCAUCCCCACGCUCCGAUGGUUUAAGAAUGGGCAAGGAAGCAACCUGGAUGGUGGCAACUACCAUGUCUAUGAGAACGGCAGUCUGGAAAUCAAAAUGAUCCGCAAAGAGGACCAAGGCAUCUACACCUGUGUCGCCACCAACAUCCUGGGCAAAGCUGAGAACCAGGUCCGCCUGGAGGUCAAAGACCCGACCAGGAUCUACCGGAUGCCUGAGGACCAGGUCGCCCAGAGGGGCACCACGGUGCAGCUGGAGUGUCGCGUGAAGCACGACCCCUCCCUGAAGCUCACGGUGUCCUGGCUGAAGGACGACGAGCCCCUCUACAUUGGGAACAGGAUGAAGAAGGAAGAGGAUUCCCUGACCAUCUUUGGUGUGGCAGAGCGGGACCAAGGCAGUUACACGUGUGUCGCCAGCACCGAGCUGGACCAAGACCUGGCCAAGGCCUACCUGACCGUGCUAGCUGAUCAGGCCACUCCAACUAACCGUUUGGCUGCCCUGCCCAAAGGACGGCCAGACCGACCCCGGGACCUGGAGCUCACCGACCUGGCCGAGAGGAGCGUGAGACUGACCUGGAUCCCGGGGGACGAUAACAACAGCCCCAUCACAGACUAUGUCGUCCAGUUUGAAGAGGACCAGUUCCAGCCAGGGGUCUGGCACGACCAUUCCAAGUUCCCAGGCAGUGUCAACUCAGCCGUCCUCCAGCUGUCCCCAUACGUCAACUACCAGUUCCGGGUCAUUGCCAUCAACGAGGUGGGCAGCAGCCAUCCCAGCCUCCCGUCUGAGCGCUACCGAACCAGCGGAGCACCCCCUGAGUCCAACCCCUCGGAUGUGAAGGGAGAGGGGACCAGGAAGAACAACAUGGAGAUCACGUGGACGCCCAUGAAUGCCACCUCUGCCUUUGGCCCCAACCUGCGCUACAUCGUCAAGUGGCGCCGGAGGGAGACCCGAGAGACCUGGAACAACGUCACAGUGUGGGGCUCCCGCUACGUGGUGGGACAGACCCCCGUCUACGUGCCCUACGAGAUCCGGGUCCAGGCCGAAAAUGACUUUGGGAAGGGCCCUGAGCCGGACACCGUCAUCGGGUACUCGGGAGAAGAUUAUCCCAGGGCUGCACCCACUGAUGUUAAAAUCCGAGUCCUGAACAGCACGGCCAUCAGCCUUCAGUGGAACCGGGUCUACUCGGACACGGUCCAGGGCCAGCUCAGAGAGUACCGAGCCUACUACUGGAGGGAGAGCAGCUUGCUGAAGAACCUGUGGGUGUCUCAGAAGAGGCAGCAAGCCGGCUUCCCCGGCGACCGCCUCCGUGGCGUGGUGUCCCGCCUCUUCCCCUACAGCAACUACAAGCUGGAGAUGGUUGUGGUCAAUGGGCGAGGCGAUGGGCCUCGCAGCGAAACCAAGGAGUUCACCACCCCGGAAGGAGUACCCAGUGCCCCCAGGCGUUUCAGAGUCCGGCAGCCCAACCUGGAGACAAUCAACCUGGAAUGGGAUCAUCCAGAACACCCCAAUGGGAUCCUGAUUGGAUAUACUCUCAAAUACGUGGCCUUUAAUGGAACCAAAGUAGGAAAGCAGAUAGUGGAAAACUUCUCUCCCAAUCAGACCAAGUUCACGGUGCAAAGAGCAGACCCUGUGUCGCGCUACCGCUUUUCUCUCAGUGCCAGGACGCAGGUGGGCUCUGGGGAAGCAGUCACAGAGGAGUCACCAGCACCCCCAAAUGAAGCUACUCCAACCGCAGCUCCUCCCACGUCGCCCCCGACCACGGUGGGUGCCACAGGCAUUGUGAGCAGUACUGACGUUACUGCCACCGCUGCCACCACCGAAGCCACAACAGUCCCCACCAUCCCAACUGUCGCACCUACCACCAUCGCCACCACCACCGUCGCCACAACUACUACAACCACUGCCGCCACCACCACCACCACCACCACCACCACCACGGAGAGUCCUCCCACCACCACCAGGACUAAGAUUCAAGAAUCCGCCCCCGACGAGCAGUCCAUAUGGAACGUCACAGUGCUCCCCAACAGUAAAUGGGCCAACAUCACCUGGAAGCACAAUUUCGGGCCCGGAACUGACUUUGUGGUUGAGUACAUCGACAGCAACCAUACGAAAAAAACUGUCCCUGUUAAGGCCCAGGCCCAGCCGAUACAGCUGACAGACCUCUAUCCCGGGAUGACAUACACGUUGCGAGUUUAUUCCCGGGACAACGAGGGCAUCAGCAGUACCGUCAUCACCUUUAUGACCAGUACAGCUUACACCAACAACCAGGCAGACAUCGCCACCCAGGGCUGGUUCAUUGGGCUCAUGUGUGCCAUCGCCCUCCUGGUGCUGAUCCUGCUCAUCGUCUGUUUCAUCAAGAGGAGUCGAGGCGGCAAGUACCCAGUACGAGAAAAGAAGGAUGUUCCCCUGGGCCCUGAAGACCCCAAAGAAGAGGACGGUUCCUUCGAUUACAGUGAUGAAGACAACAAGCCCCUGCAGGGCAGCCAGACAUCCCUGGACGGCACCAUCAAGCAGCAGGAGAGCGACGACAGCCUGGUGGACUAUGGCGAGGGCGGCGAGGGCCAGUUCAACGAGGAUGGCUCCUUCAUCGGCCAGUACACAGUCAAAAAGGACAAGGAGGAGACAGAGGGCAACGAGAGCUCAGAGGCCACGUCGCCUGUCAAUGCCAUCUACUCUCUGGCCUAACGGAGCCCCCCCAGACACAGCCACUACUUUGCAAGUGGGAAGAGGGGAGACGGGGAGAUGAGCCGCUGCAGACCUACCACAAAGCCACCACCACCUUCGGGGACAAGGGUGCAAGACGGGAGUCGGCCAAGCUGCAAGGACCCGCGACCACCCAGCCAACCGCAAGCCCCCUCCUGAUGACCCCCCCUCCCCCCGCACCUCGGGGUGCCACCUGUGGGCGAGCCGGAGCCAUGGCUGAGCUCAGCUGGAGGGAGCCCUGGUCCCUCACUCAGCCUCACAAACACCCGGAGCCUCCACCCAUCCUGCCCGCCCUUGACCUCAACAUACACACACUCACCAGGUUCUGUUGGUUCUGAUACUUCUCAUCGUCUUUAUGUUUGCUUUGCCCAUCUUCCCCCUCCAGACCCAGCAUCUCCGUUUUCUUUUCCUUGUGAAGAAAUGUCCCUGGAAAAAGAAAGAACAGGUGGAUUCUCCCCCAGGCAACGGCAAAGAUGGACAAAAAAGGAUUGAUCCUUAAGCGAAGAGAACAGAGGAGCUUAUAGUAUUCAAACCGCUGCUGGGCCAAUGUAUUUCCGAAGGAUGCCUUUCUCGCCAUAAGCCUCCCCGGGCCUCAGCCUUGUCAGUUGCUGAGCUGGGCUUGGCUCCUUCCUGGGACAUGACAGUAUUUUUGGCAGGGAGAGGCGGGGGCGGGCCUCCUUGCCUUGCUCUGGUUCACUGGGGAGGUGGGCUUCCCUCUUGCUCCUCACUCUUACCCUGCCCCUUCCUUCAGAGUGUCCAGGACAAAAGCUGCACUGAUGGAAGGACUUUGAGGAACAGGAGUGGGCGCUGAUGGGAAGGACUUCAGCUCCAGUGACCGUGAACCUCAAGCAGAGAAAAAGCGGGCCUCCGGGUCCCAGGGGAGCUGCGCCACCUCAAGAGAGAAGGAAAGGCCUGGGUUUCAACUUCCCUCCUCCCCAUCCGAGACAUUCAGGAUGUGGGAGAGAGGGCCACACCCACUGCAUCCAGAGUAGAGGGUGCCCCCCUGCCCCCCCCAACCUGGUCAAGGUCAGGGCUGCUGCCUUCUGGGAGAUGGACCUCUGGGGUGUGGAGGCUGUGCCAGUGUGCUUGGGGGUGGAACGCACUGCUCCCCGUUUCGUCUCUAGCAAACAUCAUCUCCUCGGUCAGUUCUGUAUGAUGUUGAAACUGGUGUUUUACAGCGUGUGGAUGGGGCCCUGCCGCACGCCCCACCCCCACCCCCAGACUGAGCCGGUGUGUCCUUUCCUUGGGGUAUUUACAUAUCAGGAGACCCCCACCCCCACCCCCGCCAGUGGCCAGAACGCAGCACUCACCGUGCUGUAAAGCCUGGUCCGGGAAUGCUCUUCGUACGCCUUACGCAGCUCUAGCCUGUCCCUGCGGUUCCCAGGUCCCCAGCCCCUCCCUGCACGCCCUGAUAACUCAAGAGGAACAGGGCAGCCUAUGCAAGCGCCACAGCAGAACCCGAAGCAGCCACUCCAAACGUUGCCCCCGAUGGAGACACUCGAAGACCUACAGUUCUCAGAGACCCAAGGCACUGCCUUCAUCCUCCCCACCGAAUCCACUUUGAAACCAAAGGUAUCCAGCCUCAGAGAGAGAGAGGGGGGUCCUGAGCCUAACGAUAAGCCUUUAGCUGUUGCUGCAGCUAGAAUCAGUUUCGGGAGGGUGACGAUGACCCCCCCCCUCAAGUAAUGGAUCACCUGCCACCGACUUAGUCUGUGAUUGGAGCUUCUAGCCACUUGCCAGGGGGCCUGGGCAGGAGCAGGGCUAUGUCCUUGAGACUCCACUAAAGCAUCGUUUGCCACACGUUUAAGCCACAAAGGUAUUAGCAGUGCUUGCAUCACUGAAUAAUCAGUCAGUUGAAGGUCGAGCCCACAGAUACAUGUACUCUUUCUGCAGGUAAGAAAAUGUAGCCCAGCACUGAGCCAAUUCUGUUGUUUGACCCUGAGAGCAAGUAACUUUGGCCCAGGCUGUGGCCAGCUGUGCUGCCAGGAAACCCGAGGAGCAGCUCUCUCGUGGUGAAAGGGGACAGGGUGAAUAGCAGGGGGCUGGGAAGCCAGUUUGGGGGGUCCUCUCCCCCCGGCUUUCCUCCUACACCUGCCCGGAUACAGCCGGGCUUGGGAAUGGCAGGGGAGUGUGCUUAGGAGCUGAAUGAAAGGACUGGCCUUUCCAGAAAACGCUCUGGAUCUGAGCCGAGGGUCUGUUUCUCAGGCCUGCAAUCCCUACUGCACCAUACGCGCUGGUAAACUCACUGCACGGGAAGCAGGCUCUUCAGGGAGGAUGGCCUGUGAGAUGUCAUCACAGCCAUCACAGCCAUCCCCCUGCCUCUAGAAAGUCCUCCACACAGCUGGUAACGGGGAAAGCUUCUGCUUCGGGAAGGGGUGAGGUGAGCCCUCAGCCUGUCCUUGCUCUUUGUGCCUGCCAGGCUCUGUACCACCCCCUUGGUGUAGGCAGGUAACACCCUCGGCCCCUUCACAGGGCUGUGGUGCUGAGAGGUGCCCAUUCCACAUGAGCACAGCCCUCUGGGCCGGCAGGACCAAACGGGGGCCUGAAGAACCAGGCUUUCCCCAAGCAAAGACAGCAGGUGCUCCGAGAGGUAUGUGCACUGCAGGGUUAGGGAAGCAGGAAGAGAAAAGUCCAUUUUCCAUGGAGCCCGUCCCAGAGUUCACCCAGCUCAGCAGGCAAGCAAUGUUGUCCAGCACCCCCUGCCAGCGGGGCUGCUCCAGCAGCCACCCCGAACCUACCAACCACAGUGCCAGGAGACGGCGAUACCACUGGUGCUUCAGCCUGUCCAGCUCGGGGUCAGGGGAUGGGGAGGAAGCGUAGGUCAUCACGCAGUGGCUCCAGAAAUUCCCUUGCCUGCACUGGGAUCUGACCUACUGUGUUCUGCGUAAGAACUGUGACUUCCUGUGCUGUCCCUUCGUUCACUCAGCAGACACUCUAGAACCGCUAGUCCGAGCCAGGCUCUGAGCUGUAGGUACCGUGGUGAAGAGUCCCUGCCCCCACUAGUCGACAGCCCUGGAACUGAGCCUUGGGGCAGAGCAGGCACUGAUGGGGAGCCCUCUGAGCACUGAAGCCGCCCGUGGCUCCAGGGUCACCGGGAGGAGCUUUGGAGGGAGAACUUGGCCCGCGAGGCUGAGCCAGACAGACAGUCCUGCUUCCUGAGCCCCUUUCCCCUGCUGCUUGGGGCACGUUGCUUAACUUGUCUGUGUUUUGGUGCCUCCGUCUCCCCUCGUCAGCCCCUCCUUUGAAUCCCUCUCCGCGUAGAGGGGCAUGGGCCCACCUGAGGGAGUGGGGGGGCCAGUGUCUGGGGAUGGCAGGGCCAGGGGACAGCUACCUCCCAGCUUGUAUGGCAGAUGGGCUCCUUCUUUCCUUACCUUGCUUUGGAGGCGAUGGCUGCACUUCAGCUAAAGACGAGCCCCUUCCCCUGUCCAUUGGCUUUGCCCUGAGAGGUUGGAGGCAUCUGGUCUACCCUCUUCCUGGCAAGUCCCAAGGCCUAGAGAAAUGUCCACCUGUCCACGAGGUCCCUGGUGCCCGUACUGCCCACCGUGCGAGGCCCAGAGAGUGCUUUCAGUUUCCCUACAGAUAGCCUUAGAAAAGGGGUGGGAACAGAUCCCAGGAUGUCUGUGGGGUUUCCAGCUAAGGGACUGCCUGCCCUGCACACACCUAGCACUCACCCACCAGCACGUGCACACGCGCGCAGCAGACUGAGGCCCGUUCGGGGCAGUGCUUCCAGGGGGAACAGUCCCCAAUGUGAUCUUGUCUUGAGAAUGAAUGCACACCCGGACCCGCUUGAGAAGAGAUGGGCAGACCUGUGUGUGGUGCAGUGUACAAAUUAGGGCCCUGGGGGAGAGGGGAUGCGGUGGAGAAGAGGCUGUUCACGCUGGGCCCCAUUUGGGUGAUUCCUGUAGAUAAAAACCAAGAGAGAAAGGGAGUUCCCGUCACGGCGCAGCGGAAACGAAUCUGACUAGGAACCAUGAGGUUGCGGUUCGAUCCCUGGCCUCGCUCAGUGGGUUAAGGGUCCGGCGUUGCCAUGACCUGUGGUGUAGGUUGCAGGUGCAGCUCAGGUCUGGUGUGGCUGUGGCUACAGCUCCGAUUAGAGCCCUAGCUGGGGAACCUCCCCAUGCCACGGGUGUGGCCCUAAAAAGACAAAAAAAAAAAAAAAAAAAAAAAAAAAACGAGUCUAAGCCACAAGAGAGGGAAACUUCCCCAGGAACAACAAGGGGCAGCAGCUUUUAAAAGCUCCUAGAGCCCUGGCCAGAUCAGAGCCAAGUCACAGGGCACCCAAUCAGCCUGUGGGAUGAGAGCUUAGUCUUUGCAAGCCUGCUCGGCUAGCACGCUGAAGGUGGGAGGCUUCUCCGGCUCCCAGCUGCCGGGAGCUGGGGCUGGGAAUCCCUUCUCAGUGGGAGGGCACAGCUUACCUCCCCCUCCUGACACCCCAGCAGCCCCUGCCUCGCCCACACAAGCCCGUGGUUGUAAUUCUGUCCGCAAGGCUAAGUCCCCUGGAAGAAAAUCACCCUGUGGAUGAUGGCUGAGCUUUGCGGGGUGGCUUAGGAGUAGCAGAGAAGGAAGUCCCUGAUUUUGAAAGGACAAAGAGCUUGAAAUGUCAGGAGGACACUCAGCAUCCUGGGCAGCCCCUCCUUUAACCCAGACAGAGGCCACCCCAUGGGAGUUCGAGCCAACCCGUGGCUGUCCCUAGCCUGCCCAGCCCACGCCAGGGCAGUGCCCUUUCCUUCCUUGUCCCCUGCUAAGAAUGGGCCUUCCUGAGAUGGGUUCUGAGAAUGAAGAGGGGAAAGGGAAGACAACCGUCCAGGGAGGCCAAAGAUGCCUCCAAGCCACACCAGAAACCAGUGCUCCUCUCUCAGUAUAUUAGUAUUAAAUGCGUGUUUUCAUAAUGACAAGGAUGGUAGUGAAAUAGGUACAGAGGUGCCUAGCUUAGGACAGGAUCAGAGUUCAACAUGCAGAGGAAUCACAGAGCUAAUCUAACUGAGAUGACACGUACACUAACACCAGGGGAGGUGAAGGGACCUGCCCUAGGCCACCCAGCUAGUAAAUCCAGUGGAUUUAGGGCUUGAAUUCAAGCCUUCUGCCUCCUGGUCCAGUGUUCUUUCCUCUCACCGCAGCUGCCACCUGGGAAACAGCGGUGUUACUUAAGCUCUGUCCCACUGGCUCACUAGCUCCCACCUCUUUUUCCACUUCCCCCACAUCCCCCAUCCCUCCCCAAGCGAAAUCAGGAUUUUUCAGAGUCCCAGACCUGUCCGUCUAUGUCAGCCUGUGGUAAACCUGGCUGUGCUGUUGAGGGAAACCCAAGCCAGGAGAAGAGAGGGACAAGCCGAUUGGUGUUUGUCACUGGGAAGCCUAGACCACACAUCCGCAAGGGUGGUGUCUCUCGAUUCUUAAGGCAUUGGGUCCCCAGCAUGGGCGUGGAGGGCUCUGUCCCCUCCACCCUUGACCGCAGGAUGCUGAGGGGCAGCUCUGGUCCCCAGGGAAAUGCUGGGCUGGAGGUCAGCACACGUCAAGACUUCGGUGAAGCAAUAAACACAAAAAUCUGGGAGAAGAAGUCCAGAAUUUUGUGCACUUCUCUGUUUCGUUUUCAAAAAGGACGCAGGUCAGAUGAUCCUGCCCUGCUCUCUUUUCUGAUUCCCCAAUUCAACAUCCUCAGUCAGUUGUCCUUCUGCCCGGCUCCCAGCUCUGCCACCCUCACACUCCUCCCGCACCGAGCAUCAGUCGCCUGUGAUGUGGCCGCCUUCUGUCCCAGCCCCACCCCUGCAGAAAGAGGGGAGGGGGGACCUCUUGCCCUGCGCCCCACCCCCAACACACACGUUUCCAGUUUGUUCCUCUCAGUGGGGAAAUCGCUUCCCCAGUGUCUCCAUCCCCCCUCCCCCCGCAUCCCGGCACCCCCCCCCCCCACAGAUGGGUCUGAUCUUUUUUCCAUUGGUUAAAUAUUUAACUCACCGAGGCACACCUUGGUUUAAUCCCUCUCACCUUGUGUUCUUUCCUUUUUGCGAGUUAUUUUGCAUUAACCCACCUUGUCAGCGACAGAUGCGUACCUGAAGGUGUCACACGGGGAAGGCUUCUGGGCCGUGGAGGACCAUCUAAUCCGUGGACUUAUAAACUGACUGCAUGAGCAAUGAAAAGGCCAAAUUAUUCAGAAUUUUUUUUGAAUCACUGUAAAAAAAAAAAAAAAACUGAUUUCUUUUGUAUAGAGAACACUAAACGUAUAAUAAAAGUUGUUCAAAAUC